UUCCUAGCACAUAGAAUAAUGAUAGUUGUAGGCCCUGAUGAUCAAGACUAAUGUAAAUUUUUUUUGUUUGAAACGAACAUUCUUUCCCAUAAUGCAGUCAGUCUCUUUUGUUUUUGAUAGAGUCGAGGCUACUCUGUCAUGUUUUAAAAUUGCGCUCUUGUUGCCCAGGUACUGCUCUCUACACACAAAUUAAGGUUGUUCCCAUCGCAUUUCUGAACACAAGAAAAUUAGAAAGAUCAUGAGGGUAGACAUACAGGGAAAGCUCCGGCUAGCUCUUGGCUUAGUAAAGGAUCAUGCAUCGAUCGGCAAGGCUAUGAUACACAACCCUUAUGAUGGCUUUUCCAACAUAGAUAUUGCAGUCCUGCGCGCUACUGGCCAUGAUAAUGGCCCCAUCGACGACAAACACAUGCAUGAGAUUCUCUUCCUUGUCUCUAACUCCCCUGGAUCCAUUCCUUUUCUGGCUGAACGAAUUUCUCGUCGUCUUUGCAAAACCAGAGACCGCCUUGUCGCCCUCAAGACCCUUGUCCUCAUCCAUCGCCUCCUACGAGGAGGCAACCGUUGCUUUGAGCAACAGCUACGAGAUGCACACAUAUCUGGUCAUCUCCAAAUGAGUACCCGCUGGUUUUCUAAGAAUUCUGACCCUUCAGUUUGUUUUCUGCACAAUUAUGCAGCAUAUCUGGAAGAAAGGAUGGGUUGGCUCAUCAACCAAGCAGGAAAACUCGAACCUGUUAUGUCUAAAGGCAGCUUCGAGUUUCGAUGCUACGAAGAGAAGUCAAUCGACGUGGUAUUCCGAAAAUUGCCAAAAUGUCAACUACUUAUAGAUAGAGUCUUGAGUUGUUCACCGUUGGAUAUAUUGCCUUCAGAUAACCUGGCUCAAGCAGCCAUGAGCAACACCUUGAAAGAGAGCUUUCAGCUAUACUUGACUUUUUGUGAAGGCAUCGCUGCUCUUGUUAACAUGUUCUUUGAUUUAACAAAGCCGGCGAGGGCUUUAGCCUGUGAAAUACUUAAGAGGGCUUCCCAGCAAAGUCAGGAGCUUCACGAUCUGUAUGAGAACUGCAAAUGGAUUAUUGAGAACAAGAGUUUGGAGUACCCAUAUGUUCAAAUCAUCACUAUGGAGCAUGUUAUGGCAUUGGAACAAUGCUUGGGCUGUCCACAAGUUGAUCAAACGGCCAAUUCCUAUAGUUUUCAUGUGUUGAGCAAGACUACUGCUUCAUCGGCACUACCUCCUAUCUUGGGGCUAGCAAAAUCAACGAAGCCACAAGGGGCAACGGCGGCAAAAGAAGGCAAAAAGGGCGAUAUCAGUUUGUCAUCAACUCUCUUCUCAUGUUCACUGGAGACCAAAAUUAGCAAAGUAUGGGUUGUGUUUGAUGAAGAUGAUCAUCCCAAUUAACCAAUCACAACUUCCACUACAUGACAAGACUCUUCAAUGACAAGGUCUGUGAGAUCUUUCUACUGCACAGCAUAAUCUGGGGGAUGCGAAUAUAUUAAGAGACAAGGAACAGUACUGUCGGCCCAGCCCUUGUGGUUUUCUAAAAACGCAGUAACAUUAACGUUAAUUUCUCGAUACAGGCAGGCACAGUGCCCACUAAAAGCUCUGGCCAAGAAGUUUUCGUUCAUAAUCGGAGUGAACUUACUGGUUUUGUACUUUCAACCAAAAUUUUUCCUUUGCUCUUGUAUCUUAACGUGAGGUUCUUGGUGCUUAAUUACUACUUGUUUCAAGUACUUGAGAAUUUGAGGGUGUGCAUAUCUAUGUAUUUGAGCAAAGUAUAAGUGUGUGAUCUCAAGUUGAA